AUGAAGUGUGCCGUGUUUUUGCUGGCUGUUGCUCAGCUAUUCCUUCAGGUGAAGGCUUACACAUACUGUAGCUACACAUACUAUGACAGCUUCUACAAUCGGUAUAAAACAGGACAAUACAGAUGCUCUAGCAACCAGUACUGCUGUGAGACCAGAUCCUGUUGCACCCGGGUCUAUGCCAGAUGGUACUUGUGGUUUUUGCUGUCAUCAUUUUUCCUGGUCAUCUUUAUCAUUUGGUGGUAUUAUCGCUACCGCUACAGACCAAGACAUGGCAUAGUUGUAGCAUCACGUCCAGCCCCUGUACUUGCUGCCACCACUGUCGCCACAUCUCACACCACUACUACAGCUGGACAGCCUGUUCAGCCAUACCCUGCUCCUGCUCCUGGAUAUGGAUAUCCAGCCCCAGGAAUGUACCCUGCUGCUCCUCAAUACCAAGCCUAUAACAAGCAGGGUGGCCAUCCCCAAGGUUACGCACCUCCCCAAGGUUACGCACCUCCCCAAGGUUACCCACCUCCAAGUUAUACCAGUGGACCAGGCCCAGCUUAUCCUCCACAAUAG